AUGGCAUCAUUAGCUUCCCUAAAUGAAGAAGGAACGAUACAACAUAUAUUAAAGACGUGUAACUUGCUCACUUCUUCGAGCUGUACGACAACCCUCAAGAGCUGUACGACAACCCUAAGAGCUGUACGACAACCACAAGAGCUGUACGACAACCCUCAAGAGCUGUACGACAACCCUCAAGAGCUGUACGACAACCACAAGAGCUGUACGACAACCUCAAGAGCUGUACGACAACCCUCAAGAGCUGUACGACAACCACAAGAGCUGUACGACAACCACAAGAGCUGUACGACAACCACAAGAGCUGUACGACAACCACAAGAGCUGUACGACAACCUUCAAGAGCUGUACGACAACCCUCAAGAGCUGUACGACAACCCUAAGAGCUGUACGACAACCACAAGAGCUGUACGACAACCCUCAAGAGCUGUGCGACAACCCUCAAGAGCUGUUCGACAACCACAAGAGCUGUACGACAACCCUCAAGAGCUGUACGACAACCCUCAAGAGCUGUACGACAACCACAAGAGCUGUACGACAACCACAAGAGCUGUACGACAACCACAAGAGCUGUACGACAACCACAAGAGCUGUACGACAACCACAAGAGCUAUACGACAACCACAAGAACUGUACGACAACCUUCAAGAGCUGUACGACAACCCUCAAGAGCUGUACGACAACCCUAAGAGCUGUACGACAACCUCAAGAGCUGUACGACAACCCUCAAGAGCUGUACGACAACCACAAGAGCUGUACGACAACCCCAAGAGCUGUACGACAACCCUCAAGAGCUGUACGACAACCCUCAAGAGCUGUACGACAACCCUCAAGAGCUGUACGACAACCACAAGAGCUGUACGACAACCUUCAAGAGCUGUACGACAACCACAAGAGCUGUACGACAACCCCAAGAGCUGUACGACAACCACAAGAGCUGUACGACAACCACAAGAGCUGUACGACAACCCUCAAGAGCUGUACGACAACCACAAGAGCUGUACGACAACCACAAGAGCUGUACGACAACCACAAGAGCUGUACGACAACCCUCAUGAGCUGUACGACAACCACAAGAGCUGUACGACAACCCCAAGAGCUGUACGACAACCACAAGAGCUGUACGACAACCCACAAGAGCUGUACGACAACCACAAGAGCUGUACGACAACCACAAGAGCUCUGUACGACAACCCACAAGAGCUAUACAACCCUCAAGAGCUGUACGACAACCCCCAAGAGCUGUACGACAACCUACAAGAGCUGUACGACACUCCUCAAGAGCUGUACGACAACCCACAAGAGCUGUACGACAACCUACAAGAGCUGUACGACAACCCACAAGAGUUGUACGACAACCCUCAAGAGUUGUACGACAACCCACAAGAGCUGUACGACAACCUACAAGAGUUGUACGACAACCCACAAGAGUUGUACGACAACCCACAAGAGCUGUACGACAACCCACAAGAGCUGUACGACAACCACAAGAGCUGUACGACAACCACAAGAGCUCUGUACGACAACCCACAAGAGCUAUACAACCCUCAAGAGCUGUACGACAACCCCCAAGAGCUGUACGACAACCUACAAGAGCUGUACGACACUCCUCAAGAGCUGUACGACACUCCUCAAGAGCUGUACGACAACCCACAAGAGCUGUACGACAACCUACAAGAGCUGUACGACAACCCACAAGAGUUGUACGACAACCCUCAAGAGUUGUACGACAACCCACAAGAGCUGUACGACAACCUACAAGAGUUGUACGACAACCCACAAGAGUUGUACGACAACCCACAAGAGCUAGCUGUACGACAACCUCAAGAGCUGUACGACAACCCACAAGAGUUGUACGACAACCCACAAGAGUUGUACGACAACCCACAAGAGCUGUACGACAACCUACAAGAGCUGUACGACAACCCACAAGAGUUGUACGACAACCCACAAGAGCUGUACGACAACCCACAAGAGCUGUACGACAACCCACAAGAGCUGUACGACAACCUACAAGAGCUGUACGACAACCCUCAAGAGCUGUACGACAACCACAAGAGCUGUACGACAACCCCAAGAGCUGUACGACAACCCACAAGAGCUGUACGACAACCACAAGAGCUGUACGACAACCCACAAGAGCUGUACGACAACCCACAAGAGCUGUACGACAACCCACAAGAGCUGUACGACAACCUACAAGAGCUGUACGACAACCCUCAAGAGCUGUACGACAACCACAAGAGCUGUACGACAACCCACAAGAGCUGUACGACAACCACAAGAGCUGUACGACAACCCACAAGAGCUGUACGACAACCACAAGAGCUGUACGACAACCCACAAGAGCUGUACGACAACCUACAAGAGCUGUACGACAACCUACAAGAGCUGUACGACAACCUACAAGAGCUGUACGACACCCCUCAAGAGCUAGCUGUACGACAACCACAAGAGCUGUACGACAACCCACAAGAGCUGUACGACAACCUACAAGAGCUGUACGACAACCUACAAGAGCUGUACGACAACCUACAAGAGCUGUACGACACCCCUCAAGAGCUGUACGACAACCCACAAGAGCUGUACGACAACCCUCAAGAGCUGUACGACAACCACAAGAGCUUGCCAAAGGUAUCUGAUACUGUUGCUCAUGAGAUGCUGGUGUACGAGAUGAAGAAGCUGUGA